GGGCGCGUCCUAUUUUGUCACUUCCGUCAAAAAUACAACAAAUGGCUAUGAUGGCUAUGCCAUAGAUAUUAUAUAUAUAUGGGUUAUGCUAGCGGCUCGGGGUUAGUCCGCAUCUAUUCUAGCCCCUUUUUAUUUUUCAUUUUAAUUCUUUCUACCUGAACCCGUGACUCCGCUAGCAGCCGCACACCACCAGUUCCAUGGUGGCAGGUUCGGUACUCAUGGAGCCCCCCACUAAGCCUGGGACCAACCAGGUGGCUGACGUGGUGUUUGUCAUCGAAGGGACGGCAAACCUCGGACCCUACUUUGAAUCUCUAAGAAAGAAUUACAUUCUUCCGGCUAUUGAAUAUUUCAAUGGAGGGCCCCCAGCAGAAACAGAUUUUGGUGGAGAUUAUGGGGGGACACAGUACGGUCUCGUGGUGUUCAACACAGUGGACUGUGCUCCUGAGUCGUACGUCCAGUGUCACGCACCAACCAGCUCGGCGUUUGAGUUCGUCUCUUGGAUCGACAGCAUCCAGUUCAUGGGAGGAGGAGCAGAGAGUUGUAGUCUAAUAGCAGAGGGGCUCUCGGUGGCCUUGCAGCUCUUUGACGACUUUAAGAAGAUGAGGGAGCAAAUAGGUCAAACCCACAAGGUGUGUGUGCUGCUGUGUAACUCUCCUCCAUAUCUGCUUCCUGCUGUGGAGAGUGUCAGCUACACCGGCUGCACGGCGGACAACUUAGUCAAAAUCAUCAGAGAUAAAGGAAUUCACUUCUCGGUUGUGGCUCCUCGGAAGCUGCCUGCUCUCAGGGCUUUGUUCGAGCGGGCGUCUCCUGUAGGCGGGGUGGUCGAGCCCCAUCCAGACUACAGUCAGGAUCCCUUCCACAUGGUCCUCGUCAGAGGCAUUUCACUUCCUGUUUCCUCAGGUGGAGGUCCUGGGCCGCUCAAACCUGUCCUCCCCCCUCAGUCGUUGCCCGUCUCUCAGCCUCUCGUUGGAGCUCCACAGCCCCCUCCACCCAUUAACGCAACCCACCCUUAUCAGAAUCCGGCCCCCAUGACUGCUGCUCAGGUGGCUGCACAGAUGGCCGUGGAGGCAGCCAACGUCCAGAAGAGUCGCUUCCCAGGUAUGAUCAAUCAAGGUCCCCCGUUCCCAGGUCAGCCCAACAUCCCAUCGGUUGCCGGGGUGAAGCUCAGUCAGCCCAGCAUAUCAACGGUCACCACGGCAUCACAGCCGAUGAUGCCACAGCAACAAGUCGCUCCCAAUCAGCAGCAGCAGCAGCAGCCAGUCCCGCCCCCAGGGCAGCCUGCACCCAAUCAGCAACCGCAGCAGCCACCUCAGCAGCAACAGCAGCCCACAGCGAAUCAGCCCACGGCGCCUUCAGUGCAGCCCAACAUGCCUGGUGUAUCAGGACCUCCAAGCGGUGCAAAUCCAGUUGGGCAGGCGCAAGGUGUGACCAACAAGAUCGUUGCAUGGACCGGCGUUCUAGAGUGGCAAGAGAAGCCCAAAGCCUCAACCAUGGACGCAGCCACCAAACUGACUCGUUCGCUGCCAUGUCAAGUGCAUGUGAACCAGGGAGAAAACCUAAACACAGACCAGUGGCCACAGAAGCUCAUAAUGCAGCUGAUUCCACAGCAGUUACUGACAACCCUAGGUCACCUCUUCAGAAACUCUCGAAUGGUCCAGUUUCUCUUCACCAACAAAGACUUGGAGUCGCUGAAAGGCCUGUACCGCAUUAUGACGAAUGGUUUUGCCGGCUGCGUCCACUUCCCCCACACGACUUCGCCCUGUGAAGUGCGGGUGCUGAUGCUGCUUUACUCAUCCAAGAAGAGAAUAUUCAUGGGUCUCAUCCCCAACGACCAGAGCGGUUUCGUCAACGGCAUCCGGCAAGUCAUCACCAGCCACAAGCAAGUCCAGCAGCACCGAGCGCAGCUCGGCGGUGCAGUGGGUCCAAUGCAACCCGGUCAGGUCCCCCCCAAUCAGAACUUUCUCAACAGGGCCCCUGGUCCCAUUCCCGUCUCCCAUGGCAACGUCCAGCAGCAGUCUGUGGUGGUGGGCAUGCCUCCUGUUAGUCAGGUUUCUAUGAUGGAGGAGCAGCAGAGGCAGAACAACAUGAUGGCGAUGAGAGCAGCCGGACCAGCUAACCAGCAGUCGUCGGUUGGUGGCCCUCCGCCCAACCAGGUCGCACAGGGCGGACAAGCCCCGCCUCAGGGUCCCAUACUGCGGCUCUCGAACCCGGGAGCCAAUCCGCAGCUUCGCAGUCUCCUCCUCAGCCAACAGCAGCCGCAGGGCGGUGUGUCUCACAUGCCGGGCAUAAUGUCUCACCAGGGUCUGGGGCAGCAGUUGGUCCACUCGGCGCCAGGAGGGGGGGCUCAAAUGCAGGGCCAGUGGAGGCAGCCCAUGCCAGGUCAGGUGCUGAUGUCUGGUCAGAGAGGAGCCGGUCCCCAGCCCGGGAUGCCCCAGGUCUCCAGCGUCAUGGAGGAUGAAAUCCUCAUGGACCUUAUCUAACUGAGCGUCAUGGACUCUUCUUUUCAGUUAGCACUUGUGGCGGCCAUUUGCCAGUUUUUUGACACAUACAUCCACUCUGUUGCUUCGUUGCUUACAACUGUUCAACAUAAUUAAGGAACAAAUCACCAGUAGUUUCUACUGUGGUUUUUGUUCUUCUUCUUUUUAUUUUCUUUUUUUCACGAGACUGAGCAGCUGAAGUUAAUUAGGGGGAGACAAUGCGAGCAUUAGUUUUUCAUGUAAAUGGUCAAACCGACAGCGGCGCUAAUCCCCCGCGCUACACACUGGAUGGAGCCGAACCGGUGGAAAUGGUCCUGGAAAGUCUACUAUUCGUUUUUUACAUUUUAUUAUGGAAAUCUGAAAUGGUAUUUUUGUUAGUUUUUUUCCCUUUUUAACUGAAGUUUGAACUCCUAUGAGGGUUUUUUGAUAAUUUUUUUUGUUAAUUAUUAAUAAAAGUUGUUUUAUGAGGAAUAAAUACAUUUAAGCAUA